AUGCAGUUAAUAGAUCUGAGCAAUUUCAAAAAUUUACUUCACGAUUCGUGUUUAAUUUAUAAUAAAAUACCAGAACGCAAGCUUACUGAAUCGGAUUGUUAUUCAUGUGAAAGCAUCGAUCGAGUGGAUGUUGUCCUCAGACCAGAGGGCAUUUUAGAAUCGUACGCGGAUCUCAAUUGGCCAUUUGCGUACCAAAGUGAUGUUAAAACCACCGUCACCGUUGAAGAUUUAGCCCUUGUUCUUUUAAACGGAGACCUCUUACCUUGCGAUUAUGAAUCCAACUUGAAAAUCGAUCCCCUUCGAGCAAUCGAAAUGAAGUAUGGAUGGUUUAUGCAUUGGCGAAAUUGUGAUGACAUCCAAGGAAAACUACUGCGUGCUUUAUACAGACCAGAUUCUUUUUUGAGCAUUUCUCCCGAAACGUGGAUAAUCAUGUCGUCCAAGUAUAAAACUGUUCACUAUAAAAAAAUCAACACGUACUACGACGGUAGAGUGGCGGUAUCGCAGAUAAGUGGAACGUUCAAGUACCGGUUGGUGCCCAAAAAUCCUUGCAUGGAAAUAUGCAAUUCUUUGGACGGAAGUUUAGAAACUCAUCAUACCCUGGUUUUCAACAAUUUCAUUUGGGAUUUUCAGUAUCUGCCAUCGAAUAAUUCUACCAACAGCGUAGCUAUUAUCUAUUACUUAGAUUAAUUAAAGUCAACCGUACACCAAAUCUAUAGGUAUAUAUGUGGUUAAAAAGGCUUAGCUUAUUCCGAUUUUGAUUUAUAUAUUACGCGCUUGCAUAUAGGUAAUUUCUAUUAUAUUAUUAUUAUUAUGCGUUAUUUACAAAACAUAAUAUACAUUG